AUGUCGAAUUCAGAACCUCAAUCGUUCAUAGUUACCCCUGAGGAGUUAGGCCAAAUGUUUGACCAAGAUAACAUACGAAAUGGCAAAAGUCUUGAAAAAUUUCAAAAUUUACACGGAGUCUCAGGUCUUUGCAAAGGAUUGCUCACAAGCCCUACCAAAGGUAUAAGUUCCAGCCCACUUGAUCUCAGCCUCCGUGAAAAAUUCUACGGGAAUAACCACCCUUAUGUAAGAAAGCGUACCUCAAUUUUAGAAUUUAUUUUUGACAGCCUUCAGGACACUGUUUUACAAAUCCUCAUAGUCGCCGCAAUUAUUUCCCUCGUAAUCGGGAUCAUUGAAGACCCUACCUCUGGCUGGCUUGAAGGGGCAGCAAUUUUGCUUGCUGUGUUUAUUGUUGUGUGCGUAACUGCCACAAAUGACUAUGUAAAAAAGAAGGCCAUAAAUAAAAUGGCAUUCGGUUCGAGAGAAAUUAGCUUUGCUAAAUUUUCUCUCCCUCAUGGAAUUUUAUUUAUGGGGUUAGGUUUUCACUCGAGAAAUUCUGGACACAGCAAUAGCAGUUUAACUCUGGGGAUAACCAGAGGAACUGCUUCUCAGUCCUCUCAAGAUUUCGGGCUUUUACUCUCAGCACAUCUCCACGGGAAGAUGACCCUCAGGCGGAACACGCGCAGGAGCUGAGCCGAGACAAGGGCGACAGCAUCGCGCCGGGUGAGACGUGCAGCAAGGGCUGGUGAAACAGGAGCUGAUAGAAGGCUUGGCCAGGGCUGACCUGUUCCAAGAUGGCUCGCCUACGUCACUAGUUUUGCCAUAGGCCCUUUUGGGCUGCGGCACUAGACACCUUAAACACCAGAUAAUUAAGUUAAGUUAAGUAAAAGAAGGCCAGUUUAUCAAGCUGAACGUAGAGACAAAUCUUCAUAACGUAAUCGUAACUCGUGAUGGGAUCGAAAAAGAAAUACCUGCAAAGGAUAUUUUGACAGGUGAUCUAAUUUAUGUUUCGCCUGGAGAGGUCUUUUGUGUAGAUGGGAUAUUGAUUAGAGGAAAUGGGCUGAGCGUAGAUGAAAGCUCAAUAACUGGAGAAAGCAAGCUGAUGAACAAACAAGUGGUAAGGGCUGGUGAUACAGACACUGACCCAUUUUUGAUUUCGGGAGCCAAAAUAAAUCAAGGGAAUGGAGUCAUGCUAGUAUGCGCAGUUGGAAAAUAUUCAGUGUUAGGGAAAAACAGAAGCAUGAUGAACCAAGUUGAAGAAGAAGCAGAAACUCCUUUGCAGGAAAGGCUUGGAGAAAUGGCGACUAAUAUUGGGAAGAUUGGGUUUAUUGCUGGGACUUUGCUGUCACUUGUGCUGAUUGCUCAUUUGUCGUAUGAUGCAAUCAGACAAGAGCAAUGGGGAGCUAGUGAAUGGGAAGGCCUUGUGUCAUCAAUUAUCCUCGGUAUCACAAUCUUGGUCGUAGCUAUCCCAGAAGGUCUUCCUCUCGCUCUUACACUUGCAAUGGCCUAUUCCAUUCUUCGCAUGAAGAAAGACAAUAUCUUUGUAAGGCACCUAAGAGGCUGUGAAGUAAUGGGCGCUUCCACAAACAUUUUGUCAGACAAAACUGGCACUCUGACUCAGAAUAAAAUGACAGUCACCUGUGCUAUGUUUUAUAACCAGUUUUUCAGCGACGCUGAAUGUGACGAGCUCCCAAUCGAAUGCAAAAAAAUGAUAGCCGAGUCAGUCGCCAGAAAUACCACAGCUUUUAUUACAACUAGAGACGAUGGGAAAAGAGAGCUUGUCGGCGACAGGACUGAAUGUGCCUUAUUAAUGAUGACUAGCAAAUGGAACUUAGAUUAUCACCUAUACAGAGUCCCAGAGCAGCAGAAACUUCAAUGGGCUUUUGAUUCCAGAAGCAAAAGAAUGACUACUGUUUAUGAAAUUGAUAGUGGCGUCAGAGUUUAUACGAAAGGAGCUGGAGAAGUUAUAUUGGACCAAUGCUGCUAUAUUGCAACUUCUGCGAAUCAGAAAGAAAUCCUUACCCCUGAAAAGAAAGCAGAAAUCAGAGAAGCGAUAAGGAACUUUUCAAAUGACAGCUUAAGAGUUUUAAGCAUCGCUUAUAAUGCUACAAACUGGUCGUUACUAGGAGCUGACAGCACAGAUCCAAAAGUUUCUCAAGAAGCUUGUGAAAAUGGAUUAGUUUUCUUAGGAAUUGUAGGGAUUGAAGACCCAUUAAGACCAGAAGCCAGAAAAUCAGUCAUACAGGUCCAAAACGCAGGUGUCACAGUAAGGAUGGUCACAGGCGACUCUAUGGAAACUGCAGUUAAGAUUGCAAGACAAUGUCAUAUUCUUGAUGAUGAUAUUUCUGAUCAAGAAAUCAAUGAAUAUGCUAUGGAAGGGGCAGAAUUCAGACAAAGAGUUGGAGGAUUAAGAACAGUCACUGAUGAAGAAGGCAAACUCCUCAAUUUCCAAGUGGGAAAUAUGGACGCUUUUGUGGUUGUGGCUCAAAAACUCAGAGUUAUUGCAAGAUGCUCACCUGAAGACAAACUCUUAAUGGUUAUUGGCUUAAGAGCAAUGGGAGAAGUUGUGGGAGUCACUGGAGAUGGCUCAAACGACGCUCCAGCUUUGAAGCAAAGUGAUAUUGGCCUCGCUAUGAUGUCAGGUACUCCACUUGCUAAAGAAAGCGCUGAUAUCAUUUUAUUAGACGACAAUUUUGACAGUGUUUUGAAAUCAGUCAAAUGGGGAAGAAAUGUAUAUGCAAGCAUUAGAAAAUUCGUGCAAUUCCAGCUUACGAUAACAAUUAAGAUUUAAUUAUAGUGUUUAAGGUGUCUAACAUCACUGCCACUAAAGAGCCUGAGCCUGAGUCAAAGUGGUUGUGUCGCAAGCAUUUCCGAUCUAUAGAUUGGCCACUACCAAAUAAACCGCUGCCAUCCUGAUCAAUGUCUCUCAUCAGCGCGAUACCGUCGCUCUCCCUAACUCAGCUCCGACGCGUGCCCUGAGGGUCACCUUUCUCGGUUGUGUUGAGUGGGAACCCUGAGACUUAUGAAUGCCUGGAGCAGCGCCCUAAUCCUAUACGACUAAAAGUUCAACCGCUAUUCCUGUACAGAAGUUCUCGAGGUAAACCAAACCCAUAAUAAAAUUUCAUAUGAGAGAAAAAAUAAGCAGAGCUAAUUUCACUUAAACCUAAUGCCAUUUUAUUCAUGCAAUCCCAGCUUACAGUAAACCUUGUCGCUCUCAUUAUGAGCAUCGUUGGUGCUUUAACUGUUGAAGAGUCUCCAUUAACAGCUGUCCAAAUGCUCUGGGUCAACCUAAUUAUGGACUCAAUGGCUGCACUCGCACUGGCAACUGAGCCUCCUACAGACGGUUUACUUUCCUCAAAGCCUUUUGGCAGAAACAAUGAGUCAAUAAUAACCCCUGACAUGUACAUAACAGUGGUUUCCCAAGCAAUUUAUCAAAUUGCUGUCCUUAUGAUCAUUUUAUUCUUACUCCCCCCCCUCCGUGAGUGAACAAAAAAAUUUUGUUCACUCACGGAGGGGGGGGCAAUUAAAUUUUUUUUGUUUUAAAAAAUUUAUAUAUAAAUUUUAUAAAAAAUAUUUUUUUUCGAAAUUUAAAAAAAUCCUAAUUCGCAAAAAUUGGAAAGCAAAAAUUAAUUUAAUUAUAAAAUUUAUGUUUUAAAAACCAAUUCGUUCAAAAUUAAAUAGAAUUAGCUCUAGAUUUCAUUAUACUAAUUAUCAUUUAUAUAUCAAAAUUUUUUUCCAUAAAAAAUUUUUGUUCACGGAGGGUGGGUUUUUGGGCAAAAAAAUAGCGAUUUUUCUAAUGGUUUUAUUCACUCACGGGGGGGGGAGUUAGGCCCUAUGAUCUUCAAUAUUGAAUAUGGAUGGGGAAAUGAGGAGUGGACUGAGGAAAACGGGAUGCAUUUCACAAUAUUUUUCCAUGUAUUCGUCAUGAUGCAAGUUUUCAAUGAAAUUAACUGCAGAAAACUCUCAUUAAAUGAGUGGAACUUGUUCAAAGGGUUCUUCAACAACUGGAUGUUUGUUGGCAUUAUUGUGUUUACCAUUGCUUUCCAGAUGAUUCUGGUUCAGUUUGGAGGGCAAACUCUUAAAUGCUCAGCGCUGAGCCUGGAAUUUCAUGCUAUUUGUAUAGCAAUAGGUGCAGCUUGUUUAAUAGUUGCUUUAAUUGUGAGAAUGAUUGUUUGUUUAAUUAGAAAGUCGAAGAAAAGAGAUGAAGAUCUUGAAACUGUGGGAUUGCUAGCUUAG